UAACUAGACUACAUACACACACACACACACACAUAAGAGAGAGAGAGAGAGAGGUUGAUGAGUGAUGGAAGAAGAGUGGAGAAAAGGAGCUUGGACUGCUGAAGAAGACAGAUUGCUUGUUGAGUAUGUGAACUUGCAUGGAGACGGCAAAUGGAACGCUAUCGCUACGCUUGCAGGAUUAAAAAGAAAUGGAAAGAGCUGCAGAUUAAGAUGGGUGAAUUACUUGAGGCCUGAUCUCAAGAGGGGUGGAAUAACCCCUUAUGAGGAGAGUGUCAUCCUUGAACUACAUGCUAGAUGGGGUAACAGGUGGUCAACAAUUGCUAGAAGCUUACCGGGAAGGACUGACAAUGAAAUCAAGAACUACUGGAGAACACGCUUCAAGAAAAAAGGCAAACUCCCGUCCCGGAAUUCUGAAAAAUUGCGGGCUCGCCUUCUUAAAAGACAACAAUUUCAACAAGAACAACGGCGUCAACAAGAAGAAACAAACAUGAAAUAUAUUAUGCCGUUGUUUUAUGAAAACGUCAAUAAUCUAUCAACCUUUGAUGAAUCGGGCCAUGAACUUGUAAAAACGAACCCACAGGUCGAGCAAGAAGUGUUGCCUCAUGAGACCCCAAACGAUUUGAGCAUAUGGGAUGGCUUUUGGAGCAUGGCUGAUCUUCACGGAUGUAGUAGCACAAAUAGAGCUAUUUAUCAGCACACUUUGCCGUCACAUUUAGUUUUGAGCUCUUUUAGUACAAGUUUUCAUGUUUGAAAUAAAACAAAUCAAUGAAAAUCAAAGAAGGUUUUCGACUUAAUGAAAUAUUUAUGGCUGUUUUUGGUCAAUUUUGCGA